AUGAGACAGUUUGUGGUCGUGUGCGACUUCAAAUUGUUCCUCUACGAUAUAUCGCAAGAUCGUAACGCGCUCCCGUCGGUAUGCGUGAGUCAGGUGCUAGACAUGCGUGACCCGGAUUUCAGCGUGACGUCGGUAAAGGAGUCUGACGUCAUACACGCCAGCAAACGGGACAUACCUUGUAUAUUUAGGAUAUCAACGUCCCAACUGGAAGGCGGCAAGAGAUCUCACACACUGAUGUUGGCGGAGUCCGAGUCAGAGAAGACCAAGUGGGUCGUCGCACUCAGUGAACUGCACAGGAUACUCAAGCGGAACAACCUACCUGACAAAUGUGUAUACAGCGCCUGCGUGCUGCUGGACUCGACGGCGGCGGCGACGGUCCGCAACGCGCUGUGCGCCUGCGUCCUGGAGCGGUCCCGGGUCUGCAUCGGCGGCGAGGCCGGGCUGUGCCUGCUGGACCUGGAGCGCGCCGAGCUCACGCCGCGCCGCCAGCACGCGCCCGUCACCACCGUCGCAUACGUGCCGCAGGAACAGUUGCUCGUGGUAAUAGCGGGUCGCGGUCGACACGUCCGUUUAGUACCAAUCCGAGCGCUUGAAUGCGCAGAAGUAGAGUGUAUCAAGUUAGCAGAAAGCAAAGGCGCGCUCUCGUUGGCUGCCGGCCCGUUAGGACAUUCUGCACAUGGAUUCGCUGUACUGUGUAAAAAGCAGAACGCGUACGUGGUGAACGUGUACGAGAUUACCCGCACGGCAGCGCGACGAGUUCGAGUAGCCGAACUACGCGCGUGUGGCGCCGUACUGAGUCUACAGCUGGCGGGCGCGCGGCUACUGCUGGGGUACCGCGGGGGCAUCGCCGCGCACUGCCUGCCCGACCCGCGCCGGCCGCAUCACGACCAGCCCGCCGUCUCGCUAGUCCACCCCGAGAACCAAGUGAACGUGUUCCUGUCGCACUCGGGCGCGCGUCCGCUGGGCGCGGCGCCGCUGGCCUGCGGGGACACGCUGCUGGUCUUCAACUCGCUCGCGCUCUACGUCGACCGCCACGGACACCGCGCCCGGGACACCGAGCUCAUGUACACGGCGCAUCCCACGCACCAUGCAAUCAACGACACACAUCUUCUAAUAUUCACUGCGACGCAUAUCGACGUGUACGACAUAGAAACUGGCGACUGGGUGCAAACUAUGAAUAUACCGAGCGCCCGGCCGCUGGACGAGACAGGUUGGAUCUGUUGCGUGGGCGGCGGCAGCGGGAACGGGUUCCCAUUCUCUACUGACGCCGCUCCAUUCAUCAUUUACCUCCGACCAUUGUUGACACAUCCCCGAGCGUCGGACCCUCCGCUGAGCGUGGACACGUCCCUGUGGGGCAACAAGAGAAGGUUCUCUGUACGGGAACAGUCACACCAAGCUAUUGAAGCCCACAAUAGAUUAUCAGAAAGGCGGUCCCGUCUAAUAUCAGCCCCUACGAACUUCGCGCACCUGUCCCACAUGGGCCCCGGGGACGGGAUCCGGUCGCAGAGACUGCUAGACCUGCCCACCACCGUCGAAACUGCCGAUGAUCAUCCACAGAUGUAUAGUAGUCGAGAAAGUAGUAAACGAACGUCACCGUUAACGAUAUCGCAUGGCACUGGAUCCUAUAACGGUUCAUGGAGAAGUGCAGGUCGUCGUGACGCCCCGUGCGACCCCCCCGCGUCCCCCCCACGUAUGGAGCGGUCGCUGGGGGGCGGCUCGCAGGGGAGCGGCUCCCUACUGGAGCGGUCCAUCACUCCACUCAGUCUGGGCAGCAUGAGCUCACUGCAUGAUGUGCUGAAGGUUGGUACGGAACUAGGUGACGGCCUGCAUUCCGAGGACAGUAGUUGUGGAGCUUCACCACCGCAUCCUAUGGAUCCUUGA